AUGGGGAAGAAAAAGAAGCUCCAAAAGUCUCUACGGAUCUGUCUUUCCAAGAUCAAGAAGGUCCCAUCUCAACUCAGCAUGCAGAGUUCGUCGGCAGGUCGUCCCGCCGCCUCCGCCUCGGCCACCAGUUGGAUUCUCUCGGCAUGUAAGCAUCCCAAAACGCCUUCCUUCGCCGUCGACCGCGAUCGCCACCCGGACGACGACGACAGAGUCAGCGGCUGCGGAGCCGUUGACCCUGCUGCCACGCUCUCCGACGUCGACCGUUUCCUCUACGAGAAUUUCAACUCUCUCUGUUCCCGCCGGCACGACGAAGAAGAAGAAGAAGAGGAGGAGGCGACCCGCCCGGCCACCGGGUUCCACUCCUCUGAGCGCUUCUUCGUGUCGCCCGGCUCCUCAAGCUCCCUCCACGACGAGACCGGCCGGCGGUCGACCUCGACCUCGCCGCCGUCGGGUUCGUCUCAGAGGAAGGCGGAGGAGGUGCCGGGCGGCGGGGUGGCGGUGACGACGUUCUCCAAGGACCCGUACGAGGAUUUCCGCCGCUCGAUGCAGGAGAUGAUGGAGGCUCGCCACGGGGUGGGCACCGGCCAGCCGCUGGAUUGGGACUUCAUGGAGGAGCUCCUGUUCUGCUACCUGGAGCUCAACGACCGGAGCGUCCACAAGUACAUCUUGAGGGCCUUCACCGAGCUCGCCGUAGCCUUCCGCCGCCAAAACAGCAGGAGGAGAGCUCCGCCGGAGAAUAACAGCGACAAGGCGAAGAUGAAAUAUUAUUCAAAGAAGGAUCGCAUGGUGGACGUGAAGCCCCGUUCUCCCGCCGGCGACUAG